UGUUGCCUUCAGUUUCCACCCCUGCAUGAGGUGAGCCCCGUGCCCCGUUAGAAGCGCUCAAUCAGGGAAGCGACUGUCCACUCCAACUGGUGCGAGGGUCCGCUAUGGCUAGCCAGCAACAAACCAAAAUUCCCAAUGGAGUCAAGUUUCUUUUCGGAGGAAUGGCAGGCAUGGGUGCGACCUGCUUCGUACAGCCCUUGGACCUGGUCAAAAACAGGAUGCAGGUGGCCACAAGCAAGGAGCACAAGACCAGCCUCCAUGUGAUUAAGCAUGUAGUGAAGAGUGAAGGGGUGACGGCUCUCUAUGCUGGCCUAUCUGCUGGGCUCCUGCGUCAGGCCACCUACACCACCACACGCCUUGGAAUCUACACCUGGCUGUUUGAGAAAGCCUCUGGUCCCCGUGGUGAACCUCCCAACUUUUUUGUCAAGGCUGGCCUUGGCAUGGCAGCAGGUGUGGUGGGUGCCUUUGUGGGCACACCAGCUGAGGUGUCAUUGAUAAGAAUGACGUCAGAUGGUCGGUUGCCCUUAGCUGAGCGUCGCAACUACAAGAAUGUGUUGGAUGCACUUGUCAGAAUGGUCAGAGAAGAAGGUCUCGUAACACUCUGGAGGGGAGCCAUACCCACCAUGGGAAGAGCCAUGGUUGUCAAUGCUGCUCAGUUGGCAUCAUAUUCUCAAGCAAAGCAAAUGUUGAUGGGAACUGGUUUCUUCAAAGAAAAUAUUUUCCUUCACUUCUGUGCUUCCAUGAUCUCUGGCCUGAUUACUACUGCUGCUUCUAUGCCAGUUGACAUUGCCAAGACAAGGAUUCAAAAUAUGAAGAUGAUUGAUGGAAAGCCAGAGUACAAGGGUGCAUUCGAUGUUCUUGGCAAAGUCAUACGUAAAGAAGGCUUUUUCUCCCUCUGGAAGGGAUUCACUCCAUAUUACAUGCGUCUUGGCCCCCACACAGUGAUCACUUUCAUCUUUCUGGAACAGAUGAAUCUUUUGUACAAGAGGCAUGUGCUUGGUGAUAAAUUUGCCAAGGGAGGUGGAUUAUAGGUCAGAAUACAUUAUAGUCAAAAGCAUUUGUAGCUCCAUUUGGAUGCAUUACUUCAUGUAGGUUUUACUUCUAAUUUCAUAACUCAAAAGACAAUGCAACAGGAAAAGAUUAGUGCAAGUUUAGUAAUGUACAGGUUGAAGGCAGGCCUUACGUAGACAAAUAUUGUGACUAUUUGAACUGUGUUGGUGAUGAAAGAAUAGGAUGAUGAGAUAAACACAGCAUAAAGCUACAUAAGUAUUAUACUACCACUACCAAAGUGCUGCUGCUUCAAAACAAGUAAUAAUGAUUAUUAAAAUGUGAUCAAAAUGCACCUUCUAAAUGUGACAUGUUGUGAUAGCAAGGAUUUGUCAAAGAGAUUAUAUUAUAUGAUUGAAUAUUUCAGAAUUAUCAGUAGUCCAGCAUAUUAUUUUGUGCUGCUAACACUACUGCUGGUUUUUGCAGGGAUCGACCAAUGCAACUGUUACGUGCUAGAACUUGUUCAUAAAGCAAACUGUCCAUAUGGUCCAUUAUGUCGUGGAUGUCUGCAGUUCAUUAUAAUUUGCAAUAUUUGCCACCCCAGGCAGCUCAACUAAAGCAAUCAAAGAAUGAAGGGAGGAAAAUGGCUGAAUCAGUACAAAAAAGUAAGCAGCCAAUGAUAAAUGUCACAAUGUAAAGCUUAAACUGGAAUACUGUUCAUAGACAGCUGAUAAAAAAAGCUGGAAAAGAUUAAGGUCGGUCAAUUGCAGAGAUGCCUUGAUACUCUCCUCACAAAUGGUUUAUGUCAUAAUGGGACAAAAAAUACAGAGAAGAAAGGCAUAUCCAGAAUUUACUAGUGAAAGGAAUAUAGGAGUGAAGAUUUGGUUAACUUGCAUUUAUAUAUCUGACAGUCUAGGAUGUUGAACUCUGCAGCAAUACAUGAUUUAAGUGCAAUAGCCAUAGUUGAAUUGUAAUUAGUAGUAAAAAUAAUGCAUUAUGCAAGACUUAAGAGAAAAUGGAUGGAUGUACCUUUAGCAUGGAUUGUAGGAAAACGUGUUACUGGCUAUGAGAUAGUACAGAAUAUGUUUUGUUUAAUAUUUGUCUUAAAUAAUAUCAGCAAAGUGCAGCAUUAGAAGUAGAUCUGAGACAUGAAGAGUCAUCAAAAUAGAUUUUCCUUGAUAAGGUGACUCGUAAGUUUUAAUGAAAAGUAACACAUCAGAGAAAUUGACUACUUGAAAUGGUGUUAUCUGAUCUUCAACUGUGGCAUUUCAAAUAUAAGGUAAGACAAUAUAGAUAACAAAGUCUUCGUUGUCACAUGCUUAAAUGUCUAAGAAAAUGCAUCCAUUUUGAAAAUUCAGAGGCACAAAGAUUGUAAAAUUUGCCUGUAGUAAAUUACUUAUGCUAUAGUAAUCAUAUCAGUCCUCCUUUUGUUGUGCUUGCAUCCACAACUUGCGGACUUGAGAGCACAUGUUGAACAUACAUCAACAACUUGUCAGGACUCAAACAUUACCUUCAUAUUGUUUUGUUUCAUCCAAAUAUUUCCAUGUAUAAAAAAACACAACCUAGUGACACAUUUAAAAAUAUUUUUGAUAACUGACAUUUAGUUUCUAUAGUUUUAGAGCACAGACUCGAGGACAGCAAUGGAAAGAACGUAUCAAGUCUAACCUAAUGUUAAAGUUGCAGCCAUUCUUUGUAACAUUUUAGCAACUUUCGGAGUUGUAACAUUUUUAGUUGGUAUUUAUAAUUUGUCAUAGCCAGUCAGUACUUAAUAUGUAAGGGUUGGGUGAUGAUAAUUAUUAUAUUUAUUACUGAAUAGGGUUUAGUUUUAUUUAUACAUUUGUUGGUUAUACUAAUUUCAUUAGUGUUUGUUGAUUUACUUUUACAUCAGAGUUUACAUAAAUAUUAAAAUCUUUUGUACUAUUCUGUACAUACUUAUAUUUCUCCUGAAUUCAUAUAUUGUCACAUAUUAUUAAACAGUCUUCCCAGUCACUUUUAGAUCUUGUGACAGCCACAUUCAUAUCACCAAAAAACAGUCAGUUGUGCUUGAAUUAAUGAAAACUUGUAGAUACAUUCAUGAAUUCCAUGACAGACAAAGCUGUAUUUUUGUAUUCAAGGAUUGCAGCCAUUAUAAUGAAUAUUCUAAUCUAACAGUCAGAUGUAUCUAUAACAUGUUGAAGCUUUUGAGCAAUCCAGCUGGAUUAAAAAUAGGUACAAUGUUCUGUGUAAAAUUGAAAUGAUUUGUCUUUGUUAACUUCAUGUUUGAAUGUAUAUUUGUACAUAAUAAAUGUCACUUUAAAGACCUGAAGGACCA